AUGGCCGCCACAGCAGUGUCUGACCAAACUACCGACCUGAGCAAGCAAUAUGACACUCCUCUCGGCCUCGCUCACUCAACUAUGCAAGUCCUCAAGGACAGAAUCAAGCUUCAUUACGAUCUUGCAAGUGACUACUAUUUGAGUUUGUGGGGCGAACAUAUCCAUCACGGGUACUGGCCAACGCCAGAGUCUGAAGCCACGCAGACAAAGGAGGAAGCUCAAACCAAUCUCAUUCAGCUUCUUCUCGACAUUUCAAAGAUUCCAUCCAAAUGCUCGGUUCUUGAUGUUGGCUGUGGUAUCGGUGGAACAUCACGGUAUCUCGCUUCCAAACAUGGUAGCUCUGUGACGGGCAUCACCAUCUCAAGCAAACAAGUCGAGAUCGCAAAUCGCCUAACCAAAACUGCUAUCGAAGAUACCUCUUCAUCUGAUGCGUCAGAUGACAAUGGCUUCACCAAAUUCGGCGAGGGAAAUGUCAAAUUUCUCGAGCUUGACGCCGAGGAGAUGGGCGACUUCUUCAGCAACCAGCAGGGCACCUUUGAUGCAGUAUGGAUAAGUGAAGCACUAAGCCAUUUUCCAAACAAGGCGUUGUUUUUUGAGAAUGUGAUAAAAGUACUCAAGCCGGGGGGCAAGUUGGUAUUAGCAGAUUGGUUCAAGGACGAAGAUGUUGACGUUACAACUUUCAUCAAUGAUAUCAAACCUAUCGAGGAUGGCAUGCUACUCCCACCCCUCUGUACCCAGCAAGGGUACGUCAAUCUUGCGAACAAGGCCGGGCUUAAAGUCUUGUCUGAGCCAAAGGACAUCAGUCAACAGGUCCGAAAGACAUGGGACAUUACUUGGUCACUUGUGCAGAACCCAUCUCUUUGGGCAUUUGCGAUUACUCAAGGCCGGGACGGUAUUGCUUUCUUGCAGUCAUUUCGCGCAAUGAGACGAGGUUAUGCUAACGGCUCUUUUCGCUACGCUGUCAUGGGUUUCUAUAAGGAAAUGGAUAUCGCGAGUUAUCUUAUCAGUGGCAAGUUCAGUAUUUGUAUACACGAAUGCCGAUCAGGGCUCUGGCAAGCCAUUCAGGCACAUGGCGUGCUAGCGCUCACGGUCCCAAGUUGGCGUAAUCAGGUGAUGGCUGCAGCUGCCUAA